CUCUGUCUCUCUCUCUCUCUUUCUAAUCUUACAUAUUUCCACUUCUUCUUGUCUAUAUUUUUGUCACCCCCCAUUUCUCCUUUUUCUUCCAUUGCAGCCCCCUUCCCCCCCCCCUCUCUCUCUCUCUCUAUAUGCCCUAAAAAUCCAAUAUAAAGAAUACCCUUUUCUUUUACAUAGCCGCUAUAUCUCUUCUCUGUCCUAACACUCUGUUUUAUCAAACAUUUUCCCCCAUUUCUCUUGCUCAAGAUUCAUCCUUUAUAUCUGAAAAUGUUUUGUUAAAACACAUAUACUACUACUAAAGAACGAAACUUGUUUUGUUUAAGUGAAGAUUGAUACUAAGAUAAAGUUUUUUUUUAGGUAUUUAAAUGGCACCGAGUAUGGAUUGUGCAGUUUCUAGUCUUUUGUGUGCAGAAGACAACAACAGUAUUUUUUACAAUGAGGACUAUGAUGAUGUUGGAUUUGUUGAGGAAGACAGAUGGUAUUCUAGGAAUCAUCGAAAUGGUCAAGAAAACAACAAGAGGUUGUUUUAUGGGGAAGAAUCUUUGACUGGUAUUCCAUUACAGAGUGAGGAGUGUUUAGCUUUGAUGAUUGAAAAGGAAUGUGAACAUAUGCCUGCUGUUGAUUACUUAGAUAGAUUGAGAAAUGGUGAUUUGGAUAUUGGUGCUAGAGAUGAGAUUCUUGAUUGGAUUGCUAAGGUUCAUUCACAUUUCAGUUUUGGGCCAAUGUGUGCUUAUUUGGCUGUCAACUACUUUGAUAGAUUCCUUUCUGCCUAUGACUUACCUAAGGGUAAAGCUUGGAUGAUGCAGUUACUUGGUGUAGCUUGUUUGUCUCUUGCUGCUAAAAUGGAGGAGACUGAUGUUCCUCUAUCUCUAGAUUUACAGGUUGAGGAUGCAAAGUUUGUAUUUGAAGCAAGAACUAUACAAAGAAUGGAACUCCUUGUGUUGAGCACAUUGAAAUGGAGAAUGCAGGCUAUAACUCCAUUCUCAUUCAUUGAUUAUUUCCUAAAGAAGAUAAAUGAUGAUCAAAUUGCUACAACAUCUUUAAUCAAUAAAUCAGUACAACUCUUACUAAGCACACUUAAAGGAAUUCACUUGUUGGAAUACAAGCCUUCUGAGAUAGCAGCAGCAGCAGUGGCAAUCUCAGUUGCAGUAAAAACUGAGACAAUAGACAGUGAGAAAGCAGUAUCUGCUCUAGUUCAGCAUGUACAAAAGGAUAAAGUGAUGAAAUGUGUUGAAUUGAUUCAAGAAUUAGUAUGUUUUAUUAAAGGACCAAAUGCUUCUUCAAUUCCUCAAAGUCCAAUUGGUGUGUUGGAUGCUGCAUGUUUAAGUUACACAAGUGAUGAAUCAAGAGUUGGUUCAUGUGCUAAUUCUUCACAUACUAGUCCUCCUAUUGCUAAGAGGAGAAAGCUAAAUGAUACAAAAAUGGAUGAAUAUUGAGUUGAAGGCCUUUUGGUUGAAUGAGAGUUUUGGUGUGAUAUUUGAACACAACUUCAAAUAAACAAAGUAAGGAAUUUGGAGAAAAUGAAUACAUAAUAGUGGGGGAAAGAGAUUAUAAUUAGUUGGAUCAAUUUGGAGGUUGAAGAUUGAAGUUACAAUCAAGAGGUUUCAUGUCAUUAACAUGAAAAAAGAAAUUGGAGCUGUUAAAUAUUAGACAUCUUAACAGCUAAAGCAGCCAGAAACUAUUAGGCAGAAUUAGAGAAAAAAAAAGUUUGUUUUUAGGGUUGAGGGCUUGCAUUUAUUUUAAGGUUUUUUUAUAAAAAAAAAAAGAACCAAAAAAAUAGGUGGUGGAAGUUGAAACCCCAAAGAGAAAAUCUUGAGUUAUGUUAAUGAGGGAAGGAAGAGAAAUUUUGAGUGUCAUUUUAUUUGUGUCAUUGUGCACUUUGAUUUGUGUAAAUACUUUAUGGUUUCUUUAUGAAAUUCUAAACUAUACAGUCUAGUAAUAUCUCAUUUGAUUCUUGUAA